CCUGUCCCUCGGCGACUUCGCAGCAUCUCUUGUUUCAUGCGAAGUGGAAUAAAAGUGUUUCUAUAAAGUGCGAAUCAGGAUAUACACACCACCGGCGAGCUACACUGAGAGCCGUGUCCAGAGCAGAGAGGAUCAUGGGAGGAGCAGCGGUGGACCAGGGGCCGGGCCGGGUGCAGGCCCCGGACGGGGGUUGGGGCUGGGCCGUCCUGUUCGGCUGCUUCGUGAUAACGGGCUUCUCCUACGCCUUCCCCAAAGCCGUCAGCGUCUUCUUCAAGGAGCUGAUCCAGGAGUUCGGCGUCGGCUACAGCGACACGGCCUGGAUCUCCUCCAUCCUGCUGGCCAUGCUCUACGGGACAGGCCCUCUCUGCAGCGUGCUGGUGAACCGGUUUGGGUGUCGGCCGGUGAUGAUGGUGGGGGGGCUCUUCGCUGCCCUGGGGAUGAUUCUGGCUUCAUUUUCCACCACCAUCGUUCACAUCUACCUGAGCACUGGGAUUAUCACAGGCCUGGGCCUGGCCCUGAACUUCCAGCCGUCCCUCAUCAUGCUGAACCGGUACUUCAGCGAGCGGCGGCCCCUCGCCAACGGCCUGGCGGCGGCAGGGAGCCCGGUGGCCCUGUGCUGCCUGUCGCCGUUCGGCCAGGCCCUGCAGCACCACUUCGGCUGGCGGGGCGGCUUCCUCAUCCUGGGGGGCGUGCUGCUCAACUGCUGCGUCUGCGGGGCCCUCAUGAGGCCCCUGGAGCCGCGGCGGGGCCAGCCGUCGGCCCCGGGGCCCGGCGGGAAGAAGCGGCCGCCGGCGAAGCUGCUGGACUUCAGCGUGUUCAGGAACCGCGGCUUCCUGGUGUACACGCUGGGCGUGUCCACCAUGGUGCUGGGGCUCUUCAUCCCGCCCGUGUUCGUGGUGAGCUUCGCCAAGGCGCUGGGCAACACCGACACGUCGUCCGCGCUGCUGCUCACCAUCCUGGGCUUCAUCGACAUCUUCGCCCGGCCCACCUGCGGGGUGGUGGCGGGGCUCCGGUGGGUGAGGCCCCGCUGCGUCUACCUGUUCAGCUUCGCCGUGCUCUUCAACGGCACCACCGACCUGGUGGGCUCCAUGUGCGCCAGCUACGCCAACCUGGUGGUGUUCUGCGUCUUCUUCGGCGUCUCGUACGGGAUGGUGGGCGCGCUGCAGUUCGAGGUCCUGAUGGCCCUGGUGGGCACCGACAAGUUCUCCAGCGCCAUCGGACUGGUGCUGCUGGUGGAGGCCAUCGCCGUGCUGGUGGGGCCCCCCUCUGCAGGGCUGUUACUGGACAGCACGGGGAGCUACAUGUACGCGUUCCUGAUGGCCGGGAGUUUGGUGGUGCUGUCCGCCCUGAUAUUGGCCGUGGGCAACUUCCUGUUCAUCGGGGGGCGGGGCCGGGAGCUGGCGGUGGUCGCCGGGGAGACGGAGCCGCUGACGGAGCGGGGGCGGGAGGAGGCGCGGCGGGAACGCCUCCUCUGGGAGACGCGGCCAAUCAGCAUCCACGUGGACUGCGCGGAGGUGGAGAGGUUCCUGAGGGAGGACUGGUGGAGAGGCGGGGACAGCAGCUCCGAAACCUGCCUGUGA